AUGGUGUCUGCAAUUGCAAUGCCCCCUUUUGUUCUGUUCUUCCUCAUGGCAUUGGUUUCUCCAGUUCUGCCAUCAAAGUUUGCUGCACUACAAUACAUCCACCCCUCUCCUCCGUCGCUGUCGCCGUCGCCACUUUCCACCGGCAGACCCAUAGUCCCUUAUUACCCUUUUAUAUUCCCACCACCACCACCCAAGAAGCCUUACCAACAAACAUCACCGCCGCUACCGCCACCGUCGCUGCAGGGAAGGCCAAUAGUACCUUAUUAUCCCUUUAGAUUUCCGCCACCUCCGAUCUACCACGCCUUUCCCCACGACUCAACACCGUCGCAAAAGACAUAUUACAGAUUCAAGUCAUCACCUCCACCACCUCCAAAGAGGCCGUAUCAGUGGCCAUAG